AAUGCUAGGAGGCUUUGGGUAGCUUUGGAUGACACCUUCACUAUCAUCUUCACCAGCAUGGCACGGUGCCAAGCUUGGUGCCAUAAGCACUUUCUUCUGUUGUUAUUUUUGACAGAUGGUCCUUUAUCAUGGCUAGUUCUUGGUGCCCUGGUGGGAGACCCAGAACCUGUCCUUGGUACCCAGGUGAUUGACAAAAUGUCAUCUUUAGCUGGUACCAAGGUUGAGGUGGAGUACACAGCAGCAGUACUAGAAUACCAGCCAUACAGCAGUUGGGUGUCAGGUGGACUCGCCAUACUACAGGAGAAUGCCCACAUCUACUUGGAGUACGCUGCCCGAGCCAGAGACCAGGGAGCUGACAUUAUAGUGUUUCCUGAGUAUGGCCUGACCAGCACACAUGUUGCUGGUGGCGAUAUUAUCACUCUGAGUCAAUUGGUUUCUGACCCAGCUGACCAUAUUGUUCCCUGUGACUUCCCGGAUUAUAAUUACACUAUGGUGAUGAGGGAGCUCAGCUGUGGUGCCCGGGAGUUGGGAAUGUACUUUGUAGUGAACCUCAUCGAGCAAGAACAAUGCAUGGACACCCCUACUAACUCUCAGGCUAUCCCAACAUCCUCCACCCAACCCAAGACGUCUCAAGAACAAUUAUCAUCCCACCCCACCAUUGAAGGUAAAGAGGUACAGAGACAAGCUAAGCAGUGUCCAAGCUCCGGAUACAUCUUGUACAAUGCCCAGGUUGUGUUCGAUCGUGCAGGCGCAGUUGUGGCAAGGUAUCGUAAGAAGCACUUAUUUCUCGAGCCGGAGUUCACUCCAGGGAUGGAGGACGAUACUUCUGCCAUCUUUACUACUGACUUUGGUGUCACUUUCACCCUUCAGAUAUGCUUCGACAUCAUGUACAAGUCUCCAGGACUAUGUAACAUGGAGGCUGACGGAUUGAGAGAUGUUGCUAUGAGCACCGCUUGGAUUGACGAGUUGCCUUUCUUGACAGCCCCUCAGAUCUUCAGUGGUUGGAGCCGGGGUCAAGGAGUAAACCUGCUUGUGGCUAACUACCAUGACGCUCCUACAGGCAAAUUAGGCUCCGGUAUCUUUAAUGGAGGAUCGUCGCUAGAGUCCCUCUACACUUACGACCACCUGGGAGAGACAACCUUGCUUGUGGGAUCCGUCUUGACCCUUGGGACACAAUGCAAGGGCCAUCAAUCAAUGAUAAAUUCGAUUACUGGUCACAAUCUGGAAUUUAAGGGUGGAAACUUUAAGACUCCAAAGAAGGACAUUGAUGAAGUAGGAGGUUCUAAGGACCCCAAAGGAGUCCCAGAGAAGCCUAUGAAGCCACAAUCAUACAGAGGCAAUACAACCCUUGGUGAUAUCCUUACAAGGUUUAGUGAUAGUGCAUCUUGGCAAAUGAAGACCAAAAAUGACUUCUUUUUUCUUCAUGAAAAUCUGGAUCUCUAUAAUCACAUCGUACUGGAAAGGUCAGAGAAAAACAUGAACUUCACCAAGACCCUUUGUUACAAUGGGAGUUUCUGCUGUACAGUGACAUACAGUUAUGCACACAAAGGCACAAAAGAAGGUUUGUACAUGCUCUUGGCAUACAAUGGUUUGGUAACCAAAGGAAAUGGAGUCUAUGUUAUGUAUAUCCAAGUAUGCGCUGUUGUUUACUGUCUAAAUGAAAACAUCACUAGCUGUGCAAGCCUAAAUGAUGAGGAAGUGAACUUAACCAGUGAAGAAACAAAUCAAACUGAUGAGAAAAUGACCCUAACCAACGGAGAAGCUAACCUAACUAGCGAAGAAGCGACCCUAACUAGUGAAGAAGCAACUCUAACAAAUGAGGAAACACUAGUAACCUUCUGGCCCUAUGAGCUGUAUGGGGUAUUCAAUACCCCUUAUGUUUAUCCCUCAGUCUUCACCCAGCAGCUAACCCUAGCCAAUGAUGCCCUCUGGGAGUUCUCCAACACAGGUAGGAAUGAGAUAAUGAAUGAAAGCUGCAGCUUUAUAGAUAAUCUUCCAGAGGAAAAUGUAUGCUGCAUAUCAAUGCAUGACACUCUUGCCUUGGACUUGCUAUCACUGACACUGUUUGGUCGCUGGUACAGCCAAGAUCCUGAUGUAUUAAUGACAAUACUAUAGCAAAUUAAAUGGGCUAUGUAACAUUUUAAACCGAAAAUAGUUUUGAUUAAAGAGAAAUAAAAUAUAUAAAGAAAUA